AUGGCUUCCCUCAGCCCCGAUCUCGGUGGCUCUCACUCCAGAACUUGUGUGGCCUGCAAGCGGCUGCGGCCACUUCAUGCAUUUUCGCUCGCAAAGAAGGGUGUCAACAAGGGAAAUUUGUCAGCAACAUGCACAGAAUGCUCGGAGCGAAAGUCAAGAACACAGAAGACCAAAUACAAGGAACAGAAUGAAGAGAAAAAGGGAAGUAUGCUGAGUACUGUGGCCUUCACGGACUUUUUGGCCGUUCUAGAAUCGGGAAAUGGGUGCAUCAAUAUUGAGGCCGAAGUGGACACCAGGAGCUUAGGUGAGGAUGUAAAAGAUGGCAAGACAAUUGCCAAUACAGUUGCAAAGUUGGUGUGGGAGGUGACAGGCUAUCGGUGGCCGUAUCACAGUAAAUGGAAUGUUGCAGCUGGGUGCAUCAAAUUCCGAUACUACUGCGCACAAAGUGAAACCCGCCAGAAGCAAUCGAAGAAGUCGGCACCUACGCCAGAUAAACAGCGCGACAAGGAGAGCAUGAUGUCAUUCAAUUGCAGGGGCUGGCUGUCCAUUACUACAACAGAAGGUUCAUCUGUUGUGUCCGUACAGCUUGUGCAUGAUGAUGAUCACAUACCAUAUUGUUCGAUUGAUAUCCCCAAUGACGUUGAGGCUUUUGUUGCCAAGAAUGCCUCAAUGACACCCACACAGCUAUGGAAAGAAAUAAUCGACAAAUACCCAGAUGCACAGUUUACUAAGAAGGCCAUCUACCAGAUGUGGUCAGAAGCAGACAGCAAAAACUGGAAACGUGACGGGAAUGAGCUUAAGUCAGCAAAAAUCCUACUCGAAGAAGGCUGUAAAAAUUCUUCGGGACUGUAUACAGUUCAACCUGUUCCGAUUGCAUCACCGCCCGGGCUUACGACAAUUGCAUUCAGUCUGCCAAAUAUCUUGCGGCAGUGGGGUGGUCGUAUCCGAGAAUUGGCCAUGGAUUCUACAUGGAAUACUAAUGGUUCACGAUUUGAAUUGUUCACUAUAUUAGGAGAGGCCUACGGAUCCGGUCUGCCACUCGGGUAUCUGCUUGUACAAUCUAGUGCUGACGCGGAGCAAGGAGCAAAGCAGGACGUACUGGAACAAUUUCUUCAUCAGCUGCGAUCACAAUGGAACCUCCGUAUCAUUAUUACCCUGUCUGACAAAGACUGGAGUGAGAUCAAUGCCCUCCGCAGAAUAUUUCCAGAUGCAAAGCAUCAGCUUUGCUUCUGGCAUGCACUGCGGGCCAUCAAGACACGGCUCUCAAUCCUCCGACGGAUGCCGGCACACUACGACAUUGAAGAGGCUCACCGGGAAUUCACUUUCAUUGAUGUGGACUUUCUUCCUGUGUCCCAACGCCAACCGUCGAGCACCCAAUACCAGCCAAGGAAGACCGCACUCCCCCAGCUCCAGUUCCGCAUCAACGGUGUACUUCAGCCACUGGUUCCUCAGGAGCAUCGGUUGAUGUUACGAUUACCAAGACGACCAACCAUCAGGAGCAAAGAUGUAGUGCACGUAGAGAUUGCAUCUGGAUCAGGCACGAGUUCUGAAGAAGAAGACAAUUCGGGAAGUGACGCUGCUGCAGAACAGAGUCUGCAGCAGCAUCACCACUCGAAUGUGAUGGAAGACAUUGGUGAAGAUAUUGGUGAUGGUGCAGACAGUGGGGAUAUAAGAGACGAUGUCAAUGGUAAGUCUGAUGAAGAUGAGACUGACGCAGAGGAUGCACCAGAUUGGGUCUUCGACAUGGGUGAGAAAAAAUCUGCCGACCCGACGUACGUGUUUUGUCCUGCGCCACACCGCAAGGCUCUCCUGCAUCUAUUCACCAAACACUUCUGUCAGCACCCCUUGUUCAUCGAACGUGAUGGCAAAUCACACACCUCUGAACAAAUUCGCCGUGAUGCUGUCUACGAGAUGUAUCUCUUCUGUCAGAUUCGUGGUCUCACUGAGGUCUGGGCGUACAUGUGGACUUCCUGGUAUUCUCACCGGCGGUGGCAUCUGUGGGCCCGAUCGACGACGCCAUGGAUUUCUCGGGCUCGCACGACCAUGAACACCGAAAACCACUUCAAGCAAGUCAAGCAUGACUUUCUUCCACACCUACUUAGACCUCGACUGGAUCAGCUAAUCUGGAUCUUGAGCACAAAGGUUGUCCCUGCAUACAUGAAGCGAGCUCAAGAACUCGAGGACACUUACCGCAUCGGUCGCUCGAAAAAACUCACCUCCUAUCAGAUCAGAUUCAAAAAAGCAUGGCGGACUCUCGAAAAGAAACCUAUCAGCAACUCAGGCAUUGAUUACCAUGUGAACGUGGCAACAUGGACAUGUGGUUGUGGGAAUCAAAAAUACAAUGCAUACCACCUGUGCAAGCACCUGGUACAAGCCGUCGUGAAACCACCCCCUCGCUUCUUUCGUCAAGUGGUCCGUCGCAGGACCAUCCCUAUCUACUGUCAUCCUGACCUGCGCCCGAAGAUGCUUGAGGGACAAGACGUCACCCCAGAACCUGCGGAGGCCAGCGACGGCUCGAUCACUGAUGGCGAUGAUCACCUUUGGCUGGGCAACAAGGAGAAGCUGAAAGGAGGUAGCUGGCGCGAGAUGACUCAGAGAAGCGUCGCCGAAAGCAUCUUGGGCAAAUGCUCACGAGAAGAAGCCAUGUCCGAAGGGGAUGCCAGGGAUGCCGCAGAACAAAAACAUGAGUCAAUCGAGACUUCUGAUCUUCAAAGUGGCGCGGAGGAUGCGGAAGACGAGCACAGUGAGAUUGACAGUGAUGAGGUACAGGGCAUCUUGGAGCGGGGACACCAUACCCAGGAAGUACUCGCCGAAUUAAGCAAGAUUGUUGCGUCGCAGGUCGACUACAAGAAUAUCUUCUGGCUGCGACGCUUUGUCGGCGACAAUUUUGCGCAGCAUGCGGAGAGGUUGCUUGGCGACAUUCGCCAUGUCGAGAGUACCGGCAGACGACGAGACGUGACAUGGCCGCGCAAUCGAAAUCGUUGGGUGAAUUGCAUUUCCUAUCCCCCGCGCGCGCGUGCCACAUCCUUUCGUUGCUUUUUCUCAAAGACCAUGAGCAAGGAAGACUGGUAUUCUUCUCAUGGAGGCAGAUACCACCAGAAUUGUAAUUCUCCAGAAGCAUCUGUAGGGAGAGUUGCCGCCGACUCCGUCCAGCAGGCUCACAGACUGCUCGCCGUGUAUCCCUUCGCAUCCGCAACUCCUUCAGUUCAUGUUGCACGACAUUUGAGCAACUUGACGAUCUCUGCUGCGCCUCCAUCCUACAUGCAGACGCAUGCACAUGCCUACAACACUCAGGCAUCGCAAUACGCCCAAGCGCCGUUCUCAUCCUUGACCGAAUACACAAACGAGUUGCGGCAUAUCUCUGGUCCAUACAUUCCUGUCAAUGACGGAGGAUAUUGGGAGAACACACAUAAUGAAGCGAUUAGGUACAUGGGAGAACAGGGCUCCGAAUACUUCCACUAUCAAUUACCACCAGCACAGCAGUAUCCAUAUUCGUCCACCUAUCAGAGCACCCCAUUCGCUCAAUCCAUCUUCCAGCACUCGGCUCCGUCUGCUGCCUAUCCAACGCCGCCGCCGCCAAGCAUAAGCACGUCUUCUUCCUCGCUAGCGUAUGCUCUUGUAGAGCCUCCUCGUAAGCCUCCCAAGCCCGUGCAUCGCGCAGAGGAAUCUGGACGGUUCUUCAACAACUUCCUUGCUCAGACAACCGCCGAACUAGAAGGGCCAACUCUUGUCCAAAGGGAUGGAAAGUCUACGCCCUAUCGUUCUAGAGAACCUCCAAGAGAAGGAGAGUCUCCUGAUCCCCUAGCUAUAGGUAGCUCUAGUCCUCAAGUCUCGAUCCCCUUUCAAACGCCGAGAAAGCGGAAAGAUGUGACCUUCAUGGAGUCGCCUACGGUGAAGCGAAUACAUCGAGUCGAAGUUCUUGUGCCGAGUCCAUCGACGUUACGAAAAUCGUCGACACCCAGUGCUACGACUACGCCCACUUCAAAGCGGAAGCUACAAGCCUACGUGGAUGUACCCCCACUUUCCAAGGUCUACUUUACACCUACGUCAGGGAGACGUGAACGUCAAGAUUCUCAGUCGAAAGGCAAAGGUAAGGCGAUGAUUGAUGAUGAUCUCGGUGGAUUCGGUUCAGACGAAGAGUAUCCUCCGACGAGUCAGAGCUCUGUAAGACGGAGCGAUUCUGUGAAGCAAUCAGGUAGACGUACUACGGGCGAGAGGGAUGACAGAGCCCCUCUGGAGAAACUUACCACCUUGUUGGAGGACAUCUUUGAAGCCGAGGACGCCUUACCACCUGACGCCAGCCCUCACGAUCUCCCAUCUGACUUCUUCUCACCUCAUACAGUUGAUGGCGCUCAUUCUCUUCUCCACCCGGUAAUCAUCCGCAAACUUACCAGUCAUAUAGCUAAGGUUGCGCGGCCGAGCAAGCGUCUUCGGUUAUCUUCUCGAGACGGUAGUGCUAUCGGAGGCACUCCGAGGGCCAAAGGCAGGAUGACCGAUGUCGACACGAAUGCUUUGUCGCGAAUACUCAAGAUUCUAGAUCGAACCGUCAAAAGUGGUGAGGACGUUGAACCAUUUGGUAGCGCUGGCGAGCCCACCGCGAAGACUUCUAGUCAGGCUUCGGCGAAGAAGUCAAGCAAAUCGUCGAAAAAGCACGCCGAAGACAAUGCCAGACGAUCCAAGUCGAAGACACCUAAAAUUUCAAGUGACGAGCAAGUGUCUGAUGACGAGAAUGCAAGCAUGAGCGCCGAUGAACGGCCAGUCUCACAAGAUGUGACAGAGGUAGACUUGGAUAAACUGACCAAAGUACUGGACACUGCCAGAGACAGCGUCCUGGCUGCAGACUGCUGUAUCGCUUUGCUCGCAAGCGAUAGACUUACAAAACAGCUAUACUCGGAAGAACUCAUCACUACAUGUCUUAGUUCCGUCAAGAACCAGCUUAACAAGGUGGUGUAUGCUUUUGUCGAAGCAUCUGCGGAAGUUCAUGGGCGGACACCUCUUCUACGCUACGUCCUUCGGUCACCACGCGAGAGUGUUCAUAGGCGCCAACUUGCCGAAAUCUUCCAGGCUAUUUCGUCUGUCAUUCCCCGUAUCAACAACCUCAUCACCGCAGACUCCAUGGCGAUGUCUGAGAGUAUCAUCAUUCAGGCGGUAUAUAUUGCCAUUGGCCCCUUCUUCGUAUUAGACGAGAAUGACGGCAGGGGGAAGAAAGAGAAUGUAGUUCUCAACACUCUGGGAUCCAGUGCUAUGAGAGGCCUGAGGCUGGAUGCGCUGUCGUUAAUUCGCAGCGUAUUUGCAAAUCAUGAAGACCAACGAGCUUGGAUCAUAGAAGAAAUACUAUCGUCUCUUAUCAAACUCUCAGACACCAAGCAAAAGGCAGGGCAAUUUCGCCUGCGAGACGGGCGUUCCAUUCGCACUGUGUCUGCGCUUCUGCUGCAGCUGGUUCAAACGUCGGCGCACGAUGUGCGAACGGAAGCUCGCAGACUAAACAGACUCCGUGAAGAGGUACUUGCAGUGCGCCACCAAGAUCUGAGCCAGAACAAGCACAUUGAUGCAUUGCUCGACGAGAGAGACAUGGAGGAAAUCCGAAUGUACGUGUCUGGAUUGGAUUCCGCGAUGAAGGCUGCCAAGACUAUCAUUUUAUUUUUGACGCAACGCUCGGGUAAGAGCAAGGUUACGAAGAAUUCUAACGAGGCUGAAUACCGAGUCAUAUUCGACAAUCUUAUUUCUGACUUGCUCUCCGUACUCUUUUGGCCGGAAUGGCCAGCUGCAAGCUUGAUACUGAGCAUCAUAUGCAAGUUCAUGGUAUCAUCACUGGAUGACGUGAAGACGAGCCAGACCGACAAUAAUGCCAUGAAACAGAUGGCUCUGGACCAUCUAGGUGUGAUUGCUGCUCGCCUGAGGUCAAGUAUGCUCAAGUUCAAACAACAUGUCGGUGCCUCUUCGCAUGGAAGUUUGCCAUCGUUGGACGAACUCCUGUCGACAACCGACAUGGAACAGCUGCAGAAGUUGAUGUCAGCUCACCAGGAGCUCUCAUCUAACCUCUGCAAGCGAUCAUCAGAGGACCAAGCAUUUGACAGUGCGCGUGAGCUCACGGCUGUCAUCUGGGGACAAGAAUUGGCCCUUGCACUGCAACAAUGUGGCUCGAUGCUGGGUGACUCCGGAGAAGAUGAAAUUGACCCCAAAGCUGAUCGCAGCAAGUUACUGCCAUUUGCGUUGAAAGUGAAAAAUGCUUUGCGCGAUGUUUGGGAAGGAUCCGUCUCUGAUGUAUUUGAUUCUGGGAGUUCACACGAGGAAGUGGCACGCAUUGACUGCCUUUCUGAAGAGAUUGGUACAAAUCAAAGCCUGAGGAACUCGUUUCAUCCGAUCCUGAAUGUGGUACUGCAGGCCCUGGACGCGCCUCCAGUCUUCAUGCGCACUAAGGCUCUGAAGGCAUUGGGUCAGAUUGUCACUAGCGACCCGAGUAUUCUGUCUGCACCAAACGUCAGAAGAGCUAUUGAAGGACAUUUGCUUGACAGCUCACCGGCUGUCCGCGACGCCGCUGUGGAGCUCAUUGGCAAGUACAUGAUAGACUCCCCCAAAUUUGCUGCAGAUUAUUACCAGAAGAUCGCAGACCGAAUGGCUGACACGGGCCUGGGAGUCCGAAAGAGAGUCAUCAAGCUUCUGAAGUCUUUCUAUAGUGUUACAGAUGAUAGAUCACGUUGCAUUGAUAUUUGCACUCGCCUCGUUCUACGAAUGCUAGAUGAAGACGAUACCGUCAAGGACUUAGCCAUCAAGACCGUUGAAGAGCUCUGGUUCCAGGUACCUGCCUCCAUCCCAACUACGCAGAGAGCAAGGAUAGGCCUGCCCUCCGUUCCUGCUGCUCUUGACAGGUCGCAACUGUUAUGCAAAGUCGCCGUGAUUAUGGGUGUAGCUGGCCAUUUCAAAGACCGCCAAUCUCCCUUGGAGGACAUGCUGCACCAGAUCAUCACCGACAAGGAAGGCCAGGAGGCGUCUGCUUUGCACGGGAAGUAUGCGGAGAUCUGCGAAGCCUUGAUCGACGGGUUGGUUGACGCUUCGGACCUCCCUGACUUCACUGUAGUCAAUUGCAUUCGGACCAUUCAUCUUUUCACAUCAGCAUAUCCGGCCGUUCUAUCCGGGUCCAAUGCGUCAACGUUGCUACCGUACUUGAAGAAUUCUGCCACGCCGGAGGAACAAGUUACUUCGGACUACUUGCUACGGAUAUUCAGAGCGUCCAUCCCGCAUAUGCCCAAGACUAUGGCCAAGUUUGGUCAAGAACUCCAGCUAGCACUUCAACCGAUGAUUCUCAAGCCCUCCACGGCUGCGGGAUUACAGGGCCUGCAGGAGACGGUGGCAUGCAUGUGUGCGACUGUUCAGAACAUUACGCAUGACUUUGGACGGCUGGUGGCGCUCCUGAGGUCCUGUAAUGCCCGUCUCCAACAGGCUAUUGCUAAACCUGCUUCUCAAUCUAUGACGGCUGUUGAACAGCGCUCACUUUCCAUCCUUCUCUUCAUUGCCUCGUUGCUGUGCGAGCAUUGCGAUUUCGACAGGCUGAGGGUUGAACGCGAUAAUCUGGGCCCCGAAAUCGAUAGUAUCACGAAGGGUUCGAUUAUAGAAUAUGUGUACGGCAGCCUUCUGAAGCUGUAUGACAAGUAUGGUGACGCUGGUUUGAGGGGCCGUAUCUUGCAAUGUCUCGGGUUCUUGUUCCGGGCCCAGCCUGCCUUGAUGACGUCAGAUGGUUCAGCUUCCAUCAUGGAUGCAAUAUUCGCAUCACCUACAGAGGAAGCGCGCGGUCGUCUUCUCAAAAUUCUGCAAGAGUUCCUCGUGUCGGAGGCGGCGAAGCACGCGGCCAAAGAGAAGACAAACACCAAGGGUAAGACCGUUCCGGGAAAGGUCAACAUGGAGGAGCUUGUCGGGAACACCGAUGGUUUUGCCGAUUCGGGCGUGAGCUCGGCCGUCGUGCAGCGAUACCUGGAUCCUAUUCUACAGGCGGCGCUAUCGCCAAACGCGCAGAUCCAAGCAGCGGCGGUGGACAUUCUCAGUUUCACAAUCAAGCAGGGGCUUGCACAUCCGCUGCAGUCGUUCCCUGUGAUUGUGGCGUUGGAGACCAGUCCGAAUCACGCGUUGAGUACGCGCGCGAAUGCGUUGCAUGCUAUAUUGCACAGCAAGCACACGUCGCUUUUGAACGCGCGGUUCGUCGUGAGCGCAAGAGCGUCGUUCGAUUACCGGAAAAAGCUCUGUGGAGGCCAAGUGCAGGGGUAUCGCAUGCUGCCGUCGCCGACGGCGUUGCUGCAACGGUGGUACGGGCUUGUGCGUGAGAAGCGGACGAUGCGGCAGGACUUUUUGAAGGCUCUGGUGAAGGUGUUUGACGUGGAGAUGAGCAAGUCGACGCAGGACGACGUGGAGUUUGUGCGAUACAUGGCGGAGAAUUUUGGGACGUUCGAGUACAAGACGCAGGAGGAGGUGCUGACGGUGAUGAAGUACUUGACGGCGGUGCUGUCGACGACGGGGAUGCAGCUGGUGGAGACGCUUUCGCCGUCGGAUCUGCUGGCGCAGCUGCAUGGGCCGGCGCAGGACGGCACGGAGGUGCAGCCGGCAGGCGGACGAGCGCCGGCGGCGGUGGCGAACCUGGCUCUGAUGCGGAGCUCGGUGAUCGUGGCGAUGAUCAUGCUGCUGAAGGCGCACCUGAAGGGGCUGUAUGGGAUCUCUGAAGAGAAAUGCAGCAAGUGGGUCGUGGGGAAGAAGAGCGCGGUGGGGGACCGGCCGGCGACGCGGAAGCACGAGCGGGGGGUGUCGUGGGAGCGGCUGCCGUUUGCGUGCGCGCCGCUGCUGACGGGGGAGGACGGGGCGACGCAGCGGAGGAGGUUCCUGGAGAUUUGGAACGAGGACGGGCUGACGGCGGAGCCCGAGGACGACGUUGCGUGA